GUGUUACACCGGACGAAUACACAGGAUUUUAUCCCGAUCAUGCUCCAGGUGACAGACAUGGUGUUAGUUGGCUUUGGAUAACUGGCGGGUUCCCCAGGGCCGACUCAUCGGCGGGGCAGCAUUGCGGGUCCCUGAUGGCAAGGCAAAGCAAGGCGAGUCCACUUGGUGGUUCACUUGGUGUUGGCCGCCGACCAAGCUGCAUGGCUGCAAGCAUGGCAACUCGCCCGGGCCCGAGGUCUUUGCGCUGCACAGUACGGAGUACAGUGAUAUCGUGUAUGUUGUGAGAGUACCUUUGCGGAAGGAGACUGGGACAGCAGAUGCAGACGUGUUGCAGAUCGUAUGCACCGUUCCGAAGGUGUGACAUCACGGAGUCGAGAUGGUCCGCGAUGGUGCCUUCAACACGCCUUCACCUCGACUCUAUGUCGCUGGAUGAUUGCUCUGUACUGUCCACUAGCUAUCAAUACUUCCAACCUUCCCCAGCUUGGAGCCUACGAACUUAUCCAUUUCUACCAGCUCACUCGUGUUCUCUUCAGUCUUGGUCUGCCCCGCGACGAGGCAGAUCAACGAUCAUCCACACCACAAGCGCAAGGUCAAUGCCACUGCAAGCCCCGAGCAGCCAGCAAAAUAAGAGCAGCAUUGCCCCGCGCGAUGGAGCCUCUGCCUAUCGUGACUCCACCGGCCCGUCACGAAUGGCGGUGGCGAAACCCACCGGCGGGUAGUCGAAUUUUCCAUCACCGCCAUCGCGUGCUCUUCCCUUUUCACUUGACCUUCACCCGCAAGGGACUCGGACAAUCCGCUCGAGACCACAGAUACCUUGGACACGGUCCGCUGCAACGCACAUGCAAUGGCACGUCAUGCGUCGCAGACCAUGCUGUUGUAGGAUGAGCGGUUGUCGAUACGCACUGCCUUGGAUGGAACCCUUCUGGAUCAACCGUGGAUGGAGCAGGUCAACCGAUCCCGGGGAUCCACGACCCUCCGCCAGCUCCCGUCCAUUGGCCCGCUCGAUGGAUCUGUUCCCCAUACUCGGCCUGGC